AUGUCAUGCUGCUAUGCAACAGGUUCUCAUUCUUUAUGGAUGAAGGCAACAUACAUCAAAGGAAGUUCUUCAUUUCCAGAAUUCUCAGCAUAUGGGAUGUUGGAUGACAUUGUGUUUGGGUAUUAUGAUUCAAUUGAAAGCAAAAUAAUACACAAAUACAUUAAUCAGGCCUCUAACAGCAGUCUCGAUGAAGAGGACAUGAAUUAUGUUAAAUACUUAAUCCGACAUAAUCAUGGACGUAUGAAAGAUCGAGCAUCUUAUCUGAGCAACUAUUUCAACCACACAAAUGAUACUUACACUCUCCAGAGAUCUUCGGCAUGUGAACUCCUGGACAAUGAUGAACCAGGAUGGAUGACGCAUUCGGAUGUUUACAAUGGGCAGGCUGUAGAAGAAGCGUAUAAUGAUGUAGACGAUAACACUCUUCACUUUAAAGUGAAGUGGACAAAUACUGACAGUGCAUUAUGGACUCUGACAUCGGGCAGGGUUUCCCUGUACAGCUGCAUCAAAUUCCUCAAAAAGCAUCUCGUCAUAGAAAAGAAUCGUGUGCUGAAAAAAGUGAAGCCCGGAGUCACGUUCCUUCCGAGAGAAAAGAUGGACUCGACAGAUGUUCUGUUGACCUGCCUGGCCACUGGUUUCUACCCCCGUCACAUCAACCUGACCCUGCUCAGAGACGGCCAGUCUGUGUCUGACCACCAGGUCACUGGGGGGGAGCUGCUGCCCAAUGGAGAUGAGACGUACCAGAUGAGGAAGAGCCUGGAGGUCAGCACAGAGGAACUACAGCAUCACCACUACACCUGCACAGCUGAACACCUCAGCGUGGACAACAAGCUGGACAUUGAUUUGGGUAUGACAGGGUUUUGA